AUGGCAGCGCCGGCGAGCGGCAGCGGCGGCGGCGGCGAGCGGCACUCCGCCGGCAGCCCCGGGAGCUCGGCCGGAGCCGGGGCCGCGGCGGCGGCUGGAGCCCGGGACGGCGGGGACGCGGGCGGCUGCAGCGCGGCGGGGACGGCGCCCGGCCUCCCCGCGCUCGAGGACUACGAGUGCAAAAUCUGCUACAACUACUUCGACGCGGACCGGCGCGCGCCCAAGCUGCUGGCGUGCCUGCACACCUUCUGCCAGGAGUGCCUGAGCCAGCUGCUGCUCCGCGCCGCCGCCGCCGCCGCCGCGCCCGAGCGCCCGCCGUCCUGGCACGGCCCGCCCGGCGCCAUCGCGUGCCCCGUGUGCCGCCACCGCACGCCGCUGCCCGACAGCCGCGUGCACGGCCUGCCCAGCAACACCAAGCUCGCCGAGGCCUUCUUCCCGCUGGCCCUGCGCGCCGCGCACGACCCGCUGCCCCAGGACCGCCUCCCGCCGCUGCCCGCCCGCCGCCCGCCGCCCGCUGCGCUCCCGUCGCCCGCCCCGGCCCCGGCCCCGAACCCGGCCCCGGCCCCGGCCCCGGCCCCGCCGCCCGGGGAGGACGCCGCCCGCCAGCCCCGCGCCCGCGCUGGCCUGCGCGCCUCCUCGGGCGCCUACGAAAGCUGCCAUCACUGCAAGCGCGCCGCGCUCACGGCGGGCUGCGUGUGCGUCGUCUUCUCCUUCCUCUCCAUGGUGGUGCUGCUCUUCACCGGCCUCAUCUUCGUCAACCACUACGGCGGCGGCGGCGGCGGCGGCCCCGGGGGACCCCCCGGCGGCGGGGCGCCCGCUGGCGCGGCCCAGGCUGCCGCGUCGCCGUCGCUCGUGGGACCCAUCUGCCUGUCGGUGGCCAGCAUCCUGGCGCUCUUCUCGGUGGUCGUCACUUGGCUCAUCUGCUGGCUUAAGUACCGGACCCCCGAGGGCGCGGCCGCGGGCUCGGCUGGGGGCGGCGGCCGGAGGACGCGGGCGGCGGCGGCGGCGGGCGGCGUGCGGGGAGAGCGGCACAGAGUGGGGUGA